GCGCAGCGGUAAUGUCUUUGGUAUUUAUGAAUCAUCAUUUAUUUCAGCGUUUACUGAACUCAAGUCGUAGCCGCAAACUGGAACUGGCCUCAUGUCCAUGACGUUUGAAACAGAUGCCAAGACAUUGCUCAGCAGGCGGCUGCAAAUCGCGGGACAACCGUGAGACUCGUAAUGCUGGUAUUACCUUUCACAAAUUACCUAAAGGAGCUACUCGGAGGAACCUUUGGAUCAUCAACUCCCACCGUGCAGACUACUGGGAUCCUCAGACUGACUUUGUCUACUUCUGCUCCAAACACUUCACCCCUGAGAACUUUGAACUGACUGGAUGCAGUGGGAUCAGAAGACUAAAGGAAGAUGCAUUUCCCACCAUAUUUGAUUCCUCUUCAACAACCAAAUGCAAAAGACCAGGAACACCACAGACACAAGAAGACAUUGCUGUCAGAAAGAAUCCCCGCUUAGAUGACCAGGAGAACGCUCAGCUGGAGACGGACAGGGGUAAAACGUCAGAAGAACCCACAGUUCAGAGGUCAGUGACAACAGCUGAGGAGACUAAUGAAAACAUCCCUGCAUCUUUUCAAGAGCCAUCAGGUGUGAAGGAGCUCUUGCAGCAAGAAUGUACUCCGUCACCAGCACCAGUGUCUCGUCCCCUCUCCCCAUCACGUUACAUGAGGCGUUUGCCCCCUCCUCCAGGCUUCUACUUGCCGAAAGAGCACAGCUAUGCUCAGCGCUGCCCGCUGCUGUGGAGAAGACGUUAUGACCAGGCUAUUGACUACUUGGAGAAGGCCCUACGACAAUUGCAUGCAGCCAGGCGAAGGGAGAACCGCUUGCGGAGCACUGUCUUGAGGCUACGUGAUAAACGGCUAAAACACACUCUACUUGUGUCAAAAGAUGGUUGUGAAAACAGGGAGAGCUGGACAUCAGGGGGGGAGAAGAGACAAGGCAAAGGAGGUUCUAACCAGGAGGAGAGUGGGACUGAUGCUAAAUCUGAGGAUACAGGUUUGUUUGAGGACAGAUGUGUGGAUCAUAUUGAGUUGGGGGAACAUUUUCUUCCGGACACCAACAGCUGGUGUGAGGAGGAGAAGAGAUAUUGCUUUUACUGUGGAAGAGAGCAGGUGCAGGUUGGUGGUCAGAUAGCACGCAAAGUUUCAACAACUGGCAAAGAUGUCCAGCCCACAGCGCAUGAGGAUUCUCUGACGAUUCAGAGAAGCGUUAAAACCAGUACUUGUGGCACAGCUAAAAAUGCCAAAGACAUACAAAUAGUCAGGUUGGAAAGACCACCUGGGAAAAGUCCAAAGUCCCAAGUACUGCUCCAAACUCAAAAUCUUCACCAGGUGCUCCCCGCUGGAGUGUCGCUGUCUGAUAUUCAUGAGGAGAGUUUGCAGUUUUUAGGCUCUCAGAAGAAGCUGCUGCUUUCUGACGUGUGUGAAGGGGAGACUAAGGCUAUGGGUCAGGAGCAUCACCUAGACCUGCAGCAGCAGCUGUUUUGGAUACGGGACAGUGCUGAGGGACAGGUCAUUCUGGUACCUGUCCUUGCUGAAGAUGGAUUACAAAGUUAUCUCAAGAUGGAGCAAGUCUCUGAUGAAGCACCAACUGUACUUGUGUCAGAACUGGAUCUCAAAGGACACUUGGAACACAUGACAGAGAACAGCGAAGGUCUGUCCAGAGAUGAAAAAGCAUUUGAUGAUGACCACAGUGACCAGCAUUCUCUUAUUAACACUACUCUGGUGGAAAUAGGAGAAGAUGUGAGGGAGAAACUUAAAGAACACCUGGAGGGAUUUCACCUUCAGCUGAGCACCGAGUUUAUAAACUGACUGGAUAUUCUGAAUGAACACAACAGUUAUUUUGUGUCAUUUGUCCCAGUCUUAGUUGAAUAUGCUGUUGUUUAGACCUAAACGUGAGAAACACCACCUAAACACCACAUGAGAAUCAGCUCAGCAGUCAGACAUGGUGGUGUUGUAAAGCAACACAUUAUUAAAGACGCUUUAAAGAUAAAGUAUAUUAAGCUUAGUUACCUCAGAAAGGUGCAGAUCAAUGGAUACAUGGGUGUUUUUAUGUGCAAAGCCAAACCAACAGGGAAUGUAUUCUGUAUUGUGUCUGUGUUAAAGCAUGAUAUAUCUUCUUCCUCUGUUCCAUAAAGCUCCAUUGUUGUUCAAAAAUGAUUUAAAACACAUCAAUCAUGUGUUACACUGUUGCGGAAAAAACAAAACUAUAGAUUUGUAAAGAUGUGCUUAUCAGUAGGAGCCAAUGGGGUUGGAGUUGGAGACGGAGUAGAAAUUACAGGUACUAACACAUUGUUGAUUUUGGACUUGACACUCAGAAAAUUAUCUUUUCAUUUUUUAAUAUUUCAUUUUUAUUUUUAAAUUUUUUUCCCAUGUCAUUAAAAUAUCAAAAACAAAGAUACAAUUGGUAAGAAUAACAUGAAUAAUUUAUAACUGAAAAGGCAAACAUGAAGGUAGAUCUCUGAAAUAAAGGGAUAAAUUAUAAAAUGUC